GGGCGGGGAAGUGGAAUGAGUCAGGUUCUGUGAUGCUGCUGCUAGCGCUGCCAUUUCAUCAACAGCAACAUUCAUUUCAUAACAUUUUGCGGCCUUCAAAAACAGGAAACGGAAAAAAAAGAGAGUAGUGAAAAGAAAACGAACCCGUCGAAUGUAUCACAUUCGAAACGAGUGCGGUUUUAGACAAUAGUGUAGACUUGCGUCUACAAAUAAUAACCUUUUGUGGAGCGAAGCGUGCUGUGGAUUCUUCUCUUAGACCUAGGCCGUUCGAGCCCGUUGUUAUCGUUAUAAACCGUAAUAAAGACAUUAGACCCGUCGUUGGAUCUCUCCAGGGGAAUUGUAAACUGUGGUUUAUGUGUCGCUGUAAGACCUUUUUUCGGCGUUUGUUCUACGAAAGAGGAGACGAGCUUCUCGAAACGAUGGAACCUGCAGCAUUCGGGUUCUGAACGCCGCAACUAAACAACAAGCUAGACAGUAGUCACCAUGGAGGCGAUAUGGCUGUACCAGUUCCGACUCAUCGUCAUUGGGGACUCGACGGUGGGGAAAUCCUGUUUGAUCCGGCGGUUCACAGAGGGACGCUUCGCCCAGGUGAGCGACCCCACUGUCGGCGUAGAUUUCUUCUCUCGCCUGGUGGAGAUCGAGCCGGGGAAACGGAUCAAGCUACAGAUCUGGGAUACUGCGGGACAGGAGCGGUUCAGGUCCAUCACAAGAGCCUACUAUCGUAACUCAGUAGGCGGGCUCCUGCUGUUUGACAUCACAAACCGUCGCUCCUUCCAGAACGUUCAUGAUUGGCUAGAGGAGGCCCGGAGUCACGUCCAACCACACAGCAUCGUGUUCCUAUUGGUCGGACACAAGUGUGACCUGGAGCCUCAGCGUCAGGUGACUCGUCAGGAAGCUGAGAAACUCGCCGGCGCCUACGGGAUGCGUUACGUAGAAACCUCGGCCCGCGACGCCAUCAAUGUGGAGCACGCCUUCACGGAGCUGACCAGGGACAUCUUCCACCUGGUGAGGAGCGGUGACAUCACUAUCCAGGAGGGUUGGGAAGGGGUGAAGAGCGGCUUCGUCCCCAACGUGGUCCACUCCUCCGAGGAGGUCACCAAGAGUGACCGGCGGUGCCUCUGCUGAUCUGGAUGGAUCACUAGAGAGAUCUCUGACUCAAGCCUGGUUUCACCUAGGUCCUCCUGGAUCCAUUUCAGCUCUAGUUUAGCAAUUUCCCUCUGCUGAUUUGCAUCAGGAUGGAGGGAUCUUACCCACAACUACACUACAUGGUCAAAAGUAUGUGGACACAUCAAAUUAGUGGAUUUAGCUAUUUCAGCCACACCUGUUGAUGACAGGUGUAUAAAAUCGAGCACACCGCCAUGCAAUCUCCAUAGACAAACAUUGGCAGUAGAAU